CAAAAGUAGCGAUAAAUACCACAAAAUCCUAGGUUUUAAGGCAAUAAAUCUAUCAUAUGAAGGUAAUUUGGGAAAUUCGGAUUUGUACAAUAAUUUUAGGUAAAAUAGGUAGAAAAAUUUGAAAUUUUUACAUGGCGAUUGGUGAUAAAGUAGCACAGUUGUAAGAAUUUCAGAAUGCGUAAUCUCUGGUACUCUCGUAGGUUUUUUGCUCCUUGAUAGGAGUUUUUCUGCAAAAUUUUUGUCGACCAUAUUGCAAAAAUCGUCGAUUAGGCAAAAUAAUUCUGUUAUAUUCUUCUUCAUGGGUAACCUCUCUAUUUUUUAAGAUAAAAUAUCUCAGAGUUUACCCUAUUUUCUUAACUUUUUCAGUGAUUUUUAAUCCAUAGUUGGGGUUUUAUGAGCUUAUCAUCUAUUAUAGGAGGAGUAAUUAGCUCUGUAUCAAUGUUAUCAGCAUUUUAUAUUAUCGAUAAAAUUAGAUCUAAUUGCUCAAAUCAUUAUGUAGAGUUGGUUAUGGCACCUAAUGUUAAUAGUCUCAUAAAAGGAAGUCCGACUGAUCCUACACCUAGAGUCUCCUCAGUAGAAAUUUAUGUUUAUUUUGGAAUUGGAGUGGGGUUAGUUGCUUUAGAUGUAAAAUCAUCUGCGGCUAUAGGUGCUUUAACAGGAGCAAUAAUUUCGGCUAUUUAUGCUUCCGUGUUGUAUAUUGGCCAGGUAGUCGAAUAUUUUGGCUCCAGGAAACCAGAUGGCCGUGUGGACAAUGUAACACUAAAAUGGAUUGACGAUAGCCUUCAGCCAAACUAG